UAAAAAUAUUGAUUGAAAUCAUGACUGACAUUAUUGAUAAUGAAGAAAUAGAUAAAGACACUGUACCCCCUGAAGUUAUAGAAGAACACUUUCAAAAGCAUUUUAAUUUAAUAACCGAAACUGCAGUGACUCUAAAAAAAUCUUUUAUUAAUAAAUUACACGCUACAAAUUCACUUAAAAUAGCUGUAAGUCUAUCAGACAAUACUAUAGAAGUUUAUGAGCUGCAUACGACAUCACUUAAAAAGGUGUGUAAACUGAGUGGACACCAGAAGGCUCUCACAGAAGUGGUGUGUGACCCUAAGGAGGAGCACCUAGUGUAUUCUGCAGGAGAGGAUGGACUGGUCAAGCUGUGGGAUACCAGGACUAGUGGCAGUUGUGUUCAAGAGUACAAAGAUGGAGACGAGGAGCUAGUAAGGCCAUAUGAGUGUAUGGAUGUGUCAUGCAAUGGCCGGGUGCUGUGUGCUGGAAGCCAGCUGGUUGAGGAUGAUGCAUACCUUGUGUUCUGGGACAACAGAGUUACCAAACCACUGGGAGGUUACUGGAACUCACACACAGAUGAUGUUACACAGGUAAAGUUUCACCCAACAAAAACUGAAAUACUGGCAUCAGGUAGCUUAGAUGGUCUUCUAAAUGUUUUCAAUGUAAUGGAGCAAAGUGAAGACGAUGCUUUAACCUACUCCCUGAAUGUGGAGAACUCUGUGGAGAAGCUGAGGUGGCUGGAUGAGAAGCAGGUGGCUUGCAUCACACAGUCCAAUGACUUGCAACUGUGGGAUGCAGACAGCGGGGAUUUGCUCAAGAGUUUCACUAGAGACAAAGUAUCUAGAAGCAUAAAGAGAAGCAAAGGCGACGACUGUUACUUAGUGGACACAUAUACGUCAAUCGAUGACAUGCCUGUGGUACUCGCCGGCUCUUACGGAGGCGACGGCAAUAUAUUACGGUCAGUGACGAUAGAAGAGAAGAAGCUCACCCCAGCCACCAACUUUGUAGGUAACAAGCAGACCGUGCGCUGCUGCUGGUUUGAUAAAGACCGCGAGCUGCUGGUGACGACAGGCGAGUCGGGCAUCAUCAGCGUGUGGAGAGCGGGCGCGGCCCCGGGCGGCCCUGCGGCCCCGCCGGGCCCCGCGGCCCCGCGCGGCCGGACCGCGCCCGCCAGGCUGGCGCCGCGCCUCGCUGCGCUGCACGUUCGCCGCAAGCCCUACUGA